ACAUUUUAAAAGAACGAUUAAUUUAGCGUGUAGCGAGCGGUUAUCUAGCAAACAAAGAACAGGCAAGCAAGCGGUGGAGCGCAUCCUCCUGCGAGUGGCCUCCCUCUCUCCUCCUCCAAACCGUCCACCUUUUAAUUCGGGCCAACUGACAGACCCAAACAUAACCAUUCCUUUGUUCCCCAAACAGAUUAACCACCAUCCCAUCUCCACAUUAUCGCUACAAAACCCUCCCUUUUCUUCAUACCCACCAAGCGCUCGACGAUAUUCCCCACUGAAGGGGGAGAAAGAGAAAUAACACAAACACCAUGAAGAUGUCCUCGCUCUUCGCCUCUCUUUUGCCCCUGGCUCUCUGCCUCGCCCUCCUCGGCCACAGCGGCGUUGACGCCCGAGGGGCCCGCGGCGCCCACGCCGCUCCCUUCGUCAUCCCCGCGAACGCCUCCACCGCUGACCUGGUGGCCGCAGUCUGCGGGACAUUGAACCGCAAGGACCUGUGCCUCUCGAGCCUCCAGUCCGUCCCGGACGUCGGCUCAGCCCCUGAUGUCGGCGUCCUUGCCAUCACCGCUCUUAAGGUCGCAACCAGCAACGCCAGUGACACAUCCGCGGUCAUCCAGGGCCUGCUCAACGACACGACGCUCGCGCCCACUGUCCAGCAGGCUCUCAGCGACUGCGCCGACCACUACCUAGACGCAGUCGAGCAGCUGGACGACUCGGUCGCUGCGCUGACCGCGAGGGCAUAUACCGACGUGCGCAAGUGGGUGAAGAUCGCCAUAGCUGAUGCCGACGGUUGCGAGGCGGGGUUCCAGCAGCUGGCAACCGGGCCGAACAUUUUGUCUCAUAGGAACCUGAUUUUCCGGCAGUUGUGUAACAAUGCCUUGGGCAUCGUCAAACUCCUGAAGGCUUGAACGAGAGCUAGAAAAGCGCCUCUCUUUUUGUUCUUCAAAUUUGUAAUGGGCGCUCCAUAUAUAUAUAGUCGGCUCCUGUUGUAACUCAUGAUUGAGAUUGCGGAGCUCAGUCUGCAUGGGAUUCACGUUCUUGAGUUUCAUGUAAUGAGAAGACCGAAAUCCGUCGUGAUUUGUGGAA